AUGAUUUCUUACUGCCAUCUACAGGAAAAUGCGCAAGUUUUCGUCCGAGUGAAGGUUUUUAACUGCCAUCUACAGGAGACACGACGUUAGUCUCCGCGCGCACGCGAAGUGGGGUAGUCUUCAGCCGGGGGGUUCGAAAAAAACCAGGCACAACAACUGUUAGCGACAGAGCUACCGCCAAGCUACUGAAUAAUGUUAGUAGCGAGCUACUCCCCAACACUGCUUAUUUUUACUGGUUAUUUCUGAAAUGUCGUUUCUUGUCACGGAGAUAUAUUAAUGCUGUCGUUGACGGAUGUUUUCUUGUGGCUGUGUAUGAUGAUCUGUAACGAAAGAUCUUCAGUGUCAAAAUGUGUGUUGUUGUGUUCAGUGAUGAAUGUGACACGUGUGAGUCUCUCCUGGUACAAAGGAAAGAGUUUAUUGUCCAGCAUCAGUGUGUCUGAUCUCAACAUCAGACUCUCUCUACCUCUGGAGGUGGAAUAUCAGGACACAAACACAUACAGAUGUGUCUUCAACAAUCCCAUCACAAACCACACACAACAUCUACACAUCACUGAUGUCUGGCAGACAUGUUCAGAAUUCAGAUACUUCACACUGCUGAAAGCUGUUGCUGUUGUUGUUGUGUGUCUGUUGGGGAUCACAGCAUGUGUCAUUCACCACAGCAAAAAGGCUGAAAUCCAAGCUCGCUUACAGCCAUACUGGGAUUUAAUUUGAGAAACUAUUGGGGAGAUUUAUCUAGAUGCAAGCUGGACACAAACGGCAGACAACAUUGCCUUCAUUGAAACAAAGGCUGGUUAGAUUUAACAGUAGCAGACUUUUAAAACCCUUUAGAGACAUUUUUCCUAUAAAACGCACCUUGUAACAAAGCAACUUUCUGGACAAACACUUAUCUUAAAUAUGCACUUUUGUUGAAUUGACCAUUGUUACCUAGAUUUAAAAAAAUGUGUGUGAUUGAUUUCUGCUUCAUCAUGUUGAUAUUUCAUCUGUUACAACCGCCCACUGUACCUUGUUUAUUUUUCUUAAAUGUCUUACAUUUUACCAGUUGUUAAAAGCUGCUUGAAUAUAUUGCACACUUGAUCUUGUGAAAUUUGUGUAAAUGUUUACUUCUUAUUUCAGUUCAUAUUUUUAGCCCUCCUUUUUUCCUUCUUAUAGGUCUUUUCUUAUAGUCUAUCUUAGAGCUAGAGCUUCUGAGAGACACAUUUUUAAAUUACCUCUUUAAUUGAUGAUUUGAUUAAACAACAUUGUGAUAAAGAUCAAAUAAAAGCUAUUUAAGAUAUGUGUGCGCUCAUGUUUAUUGGAUGACCACAUACCUAAUGUUAAAUUAAAAGUGUUACUUUGACACCAUCUAUUCUUGGAUAUACAGUAGGUGUACACUCCUCAGAUUUGUUCCUUUUUCGGCGGAGGAUCCCUUUAAAUAUGGCAUAGUAUUGCAUAUUUUUGUCUGUUGCUUUUAACUGUCCAAGAGGUCAUUUUACAAGUCACAUUAGUCACAUGCUAAUAACCACUUAAAUCAGAAUACAACAUGUCUUGGUGCAUAUUGCGGUCAUUUGGUAAAAAAAACAUGUAUUCAGACAUGAUUAGGUAUUAAAGAUCAUGAUUGUGGUG